AUGGAGAAGGUCCUCUCGCAGGUGAUGGAGAGGGCCCAGAAGAAGUUCCGCAUCGGACUUGACUGGCUCCCUGCGCCUGUUUCUGCCACCACUUAUGGGCUGUCCCCAUAUCUAAUUCACCGCUCCAUCGUCCAGAAUGAGGUGCUUUUCUCUUCAGAGGGCUUGACGCUCCUAUCACUUGAUCACCUGUACACAUUCAAAAGUGCACUGGCCAGCUACACAAGCACCAGCUCCGCAUUCCGUCUCGAGGACGCCGUGGAUGAGCUCCGCCGCUACGUCCUGUCUAAUGGCCGACGCAAGCUGCAGAAGAGCCUGCUUCUGCGCUCGUACGAGUGGCUGCGCGUGAAUGACGCCGCGCUGAGCGACGUCAGCCGCAUGUAUCGCCGGGCUUACGGCGGGCCGGAGAAGGACUCUGGCUUGGAGAACGACGUCGACAUUGUCGUCAAGCCGAAGCCCAUGUCGCCGAAGCCCCUCCCCGAGGAGCCGCUCGGGUCCGACAAGGAGGGCGACGUCACAGACUUUGAGGAGGACGACGAAGACGACACCGAAGAUGUCAUCACGCCCGUCAAGGCGGUGCCCACGCCCAAGCCCACACCAACGCCGAGCGUGAUCCCGCCCAAGUCAACAUCACCAUACAAAACACCCUCGCCGGGCCUCAAAGGCCCCGCGCUUAGACUCCAGACAACCUUUGACAAGCCUGCCAAAAAGGUGUCACCACCGCCGCAGCCCAAGGUGACCAUCGGCGACGCCAUCAACAUCGAGCUGCACGACAUCGCGCGCGAUGACGAGGAGGACGAUGCAGACGCCGAGCUGACCGCGCGGCCCAGCAGCAACACGCGCGGGCCGGCGUUCCCGCUCUUCAACUCCUUCUCGAUCGACGAGGUCAUGUUCAGCCCCGUCUCGGCGCUGACGCCGCACAAGAUGGGGCCGAUGACGCCGAACGACUAUGACGAUAUCUCGCCCACCACACGGGGCGAGUGGGGGUUCCUGAUGGUGGGCGACUCGUGGAAGGCCAAGACGGCUGCUGUAGAGACGUGCUGA